CCGAGUGUAACCGAGUGCCGUACUUAUCUUCUUCGCAGGUUCUUCGGUCAAUCGAUGUGUCACGUGAAUAGUACGAAGAAUCUCUCAUGUGAUCCUUUCAAUACCUGUAAAUAACUCAUACGAAAUACGGUCGCUGGCUCCGUAUUCGUUCGCUACUUUUCGGAGGAACGUGAUCAGAUAGGAAAAAAAUGGGCGCAUCUGUAAUACCUGUGAUAGCCUUCACGCUCCUCUGGGGCGCCGUGGUAUUCCUAGGAGUAGCUCUACCACUUUUCGUUCCAAAGGGACCAAAUCGCGGGAUACUGCAAGUUCUCCUGGUAAUAACGGGCUUUACGUGCUGGCUAUUCUGGCUAUGUUGCUAUAUGGCACAGAUGAAUCCAUUGAUUGGGCCAAAGUUGAGUGGUAAGACCAUACUAGUUAUGGCUCGAGAAUGGGGAAAUCCUAUCACUGAUUAAUGAACAUUCCACCAUUCAUGAAAUUUUUAUUUCAAAUGUAUACGUUCAUUCCCCGAUAUUAUUUUCGAUGAAAAUAUAUAUACUCGAACAGAACGCAGAAAUCAUAAUGAUGUCAUAAAUACAUCAUCAUUAUCUUAUUUGUCACUUAUGAGUGCAUUUUUAAGUUGACGUUUUUACAAUGUCAUAUUGAUGUCUUAUGAUAUCAUUAUGCCUUUAUUGUGACUUUGUAUUCUACCUAGAUAAUUAGGAAUGUAAAUUUAUGAAGAUGAAAUGCCAGUAUGUCUUAAUAAUUCCUAUAAAUGAAAUUAUCGUAGUUCAGUUAUAAUUAUACAUUAAUUUAAUUUGUAUAUAAAAUAU